AUGACUGUUAACGGGAUUCCACUCACCAUGGAGUUAGACACUGGAGCAGCCGUCUCCGUUAUUUCUGCUCAUGAUUUCAAAGCCACAUUUGGAUAUGGCCAGUUUCAGAAAACAGAUUUGAAGCUAAGGACCUAUACAGGUGAAGAAGUUGCGCCGCUAGGAGUGGUACAAGUACAAGUGCAGUACAACAACCAAGCUGCGUCGUUGCCCUUGUACGUCGUUCACCAGCCUGGACCACCACUUUUGGGCCGUCAGUGGUUACGCUGCAUACGUCUGGACUGGCCAUCGCUGUGCAACUUCUGUCGUGUCAGUGUGCCCCAGGAUACCGCGAAAGAUGUAAAAAGGAAGUUGAACCUCCUGCUAGACAAGUACGGUGCCAUUUUCAAGGAUGAGCUGGGGACGGUGAAAGGUGAGAAAGCACAACUUUUUCUCAAGGACGGUAGUCGCCCAAAGUUCAUGAAAGCCCGCAGUGUACCAAUUGCGCUACAGCCAGCGGUAGAACAGGAGUUGUUGAAGUUGCAAGACUUGGGAAUUAUUAACCCAGUACCGGUGAGCGAGUUUGCAACGCCAAUAGUACCGGUAAUCAAGAAAGAUGGAUCGCUGCGUAUCUGCGGCGAUUACAAAACAACUGUCAACCCAAUGCUCGACAUCGAUCAUUACCCUCUGCCAAAAAUCGAGGAAUUACUGUCAAGCCUAGCUGGUGGCCAGAAAUUCUCGAAGAUAGAUUUGAGCAGAGCGUACCAACAAAUUGAAAUGUGUGACGAAUCUAAGAAGUAUUUGACCCUUAAUACUCAUAAGGGAUUGUUUGAAGUUAAUCGUCGUCUUUUUGGAAUCGCAUCAGCCCCAGGGAUAUUCCAGCGUAUAAUGGAGAACGUCCUGAAAGGAUUACCGAAGGUGUGCUGUUACUUGGACGACCUACUGAUUACGGGGUCGACACCGGAAGAACACCUGGCCAACUUGGAUGCAGUCUUGAAGAGGCUGUUGUGCAAUAAGGCGACUUGGCUCUGGUCACCGGAGUGCGAACAUUCCUUCAACAAGAUCAAGGAAGUCAUCACGACAGCUCCAGUUUUGGCCCACUACAGCUCCUACUUACCGCUGCAACUGGCCAGCGAUGCGUCUCCGUAUGGGGUAGGUGCUGUGCUUAGUCAUAAGUUUCCUGAUGGUACUACCCGGCCCAUCGCAUACGCGUCCCGAACAUUAACCAAGGCUGAGCAGGGUUACUCGCAGCUGGAGCGCGAAGCACUUGCUCUCGUGUUUGGAUUUGGUAAAUUCCAUUACUACCUCUAUGGAAGGUCAUUUACAUUGAUAACUGAUCACAAACCUCUGCAAACAAUAUUCGGGCCUAAGACGGGGAUUCCUACGGUUGCCGCUGCCCGUCUGCAACGUUGGGCGGUCACUUUAGCCGCUUAUAGAUACACUCUGCUCUACAAAGAAGCCAGUAAAAAUGUAGAAGCAGACUGUCUCUCUAGGAUGCCCUUGACGUAUGAAUGCAACGAGACUGCAGAUGUUGAGAUGUUUUACACGUUACGGCUUGAUACAAUGCCGUUGAGAAGCUCGGAUAUUGCAAGAGAGACUGGACUUGAUCCUACAUCGUGUCGUGUGCGAGAGAUGGUCAUGAGAGGUUGGCCUUCAUCACUGAAGGACCCUGAACUGAAGCCAUACUUUGACAGAAAGUUGGAAUUAACAGUCCACCAAGGUUGCUUAUUGUACGGAAUGCGCGUCGUUGUACCAGGAAAAUUUCAAACAACGGUGCUGUCUGAGUUGCACGAUGGACACCCUGGCAUAGUCCGCACCAAAGUGUUUGCUAGAAGUUACGUGUGGUGGCCGUCACUCGAAAGGGACAUUGAAGAAUGUGUAAAAACAUGCUUGGAUUGUCAACAGGUACAGCCUGCGCCGCCGAAGUCGCCCUUGCACCCGUGGUCGUGGCCUACAGCUCCAUGGCAUAGACUACAUGCGGAUUUUGCGGGCCCCUUCAAGGGUCACAUGUUUUUAAUAGUCAUGGACGCCCAUUCAAAAUGGCCGGAGGUCUUCAUCAUGGGAAAAACGACGACAAAACACACCAUAGAAAAGUUACACGAACUUUUCUCCAGGUUUGGAAUUCCAGAAAGUUUUGUGACAGACAACGGACCACAAUUUGUGUCUCAAGAAUUUAAAGACUUCUUGAAAAAGAUGGGCAUCCGUCAUGUCACAACUACACCUUACCAUACGAGCAGCAACGGACUAGCGGAAAGGUUCGUGCAGUCACUCAAGACUGCACUGCGAAAAGGGUACGAGUUUCACCAGUCCAGGGCACCUCAAUUGUGUGGCGUCGUCAUCAAGAUCAACUCAGGCUAUACGCAAGCAGAACCACUACCCAAGAGGCAAAGUGCGACAACGAUUCAGGUCCCUGGCUUGCAGCACCUACGGACUUCGAACAGUCGGAUAUUCCCAGCUCCUCUGAGGUACUCCCAGCAAGUGACCGGGCCCGCGGAGCCGUGCAGCGACCCGGCACUCCGGAACCCAUUCAGGACAGCAUUGGAGUUCCACAGCCGGCUGCUCAAGAAAGAAGAUACCCUGUCCGAGACAGACGUCCUCCCGAGCGUUAUCAAGCUCAUUAGUUUUGUAUUAGGAGCGAGGGAAGUGUCAUGUUACACGAACUCGUCCGGUAUGACACAGGCAGCGGAGGAGCCGGCCGACAUAGAUGAACCAUCUGAAAAGACAGCCGUGCGGCCUCUGUACUUUGUGUCCAUCAUUUUCAAAGUAGAUUGA